AUGCAUUGCUCCCCGCUCGCCACCCUCCUCACUUUGGUCAUACUCGCUGAGCCACUGUUUGCGUACCAGACCAUCGCCCAUCGCGGUCUUUUUCACGAUGUCAACGACCACAACGCCUUGGCUGAGAACAGCGUUAAUGCAAUGUAUCGCGCUGAAGCUUUGGGUCUACCUGGUGUCGAAUUCGAUCUCCGAUUGAGCUCUGACAAUCAAGUCCUUGUCUUCCACGAUAUGAUAUCCAACCGUGCCACUUCCAACGACAACUAUGGUGGCCGUCUUGAUGCUGUUGACGUGUCCCUGAAUCUUCAGCCGCCAGUGGCUCCCAUCCUGGUCAAAUCUAGACCAGCGAACUCCUGGAUUGGCACCGGAUUGAAGGCUUUCGGUCGCAAUGGACGGCUCGUUCCUGCCGAUGGCGCACAAAAGCUGGAAACACUGGACUCGAUGCUCUCCCACUUCAAGAACCUCAACAAUCCUAACUUCUGGUUGAUUCUCGACAUCCAAGACCCGGUCAUCUUCAGCAGAGCGGCAGCCGCGGUGAACGCCCAUGGUUUGAGUAGAACUGUAUUCCUCAAAUUCUUCGCAACGAAAGCCAUCAACUCCAAGGGUAUCAAAUACAAUGGAGCCAACACUUGCUAUCAAUAUGCGCGCAAGAAUCAUCUCAGCGAUCUACAAAUCAUUCCCCAAAUCAACGAUGGAGAGCUCCAUUUCGAAGGAGAAAUUGCGUACCUCAACGUCUUCAACACAAAGUUAUCAGUUAGAGAAUAUCUCCAGUGUUGGGCAGACGCUCAGAAAGCUCAUUCUGGAAACGGAGCAGCUCUUAUGCCCAUCGUGAGUGCGAGCGUUCCAGCCAAUAACGAAGUCGCAUUCAAUACCGCUCGAGACACCUUGGCUUGGGCCAAGAGUGCAGGCAGAAAGACCAUGUCCAUUUUGCCCAUUCCAGAUGCCGGUCGUAUUAUCAACACGCAGUGCACUUUGUGGACCUAUCAAUCGGGCAGUGUCAAGGCAGCAAGAUUUGACGAAUCUGCGCGCAAGGCGAAACUUGCCUUUGUGGAAAUCGCGAAGCCUGAUUAUGUUGUUCUUGACUUGAUGGGUGAUUUGGGCAAUCGCAGAUGA